UUUUAAUUAAAAUAACAUUUGGAACAAGAACCCUUUACGUUUGUUAAAAAAAAAAGAACCCUCACGUUCGUACCAAUGGCGGAAACCGCUGCACCCAAACCAGAAGUCCUCGACCCCAGCACCACAGAUGCCGCCGCCGCCGUAGACAUGGUUGUUGAAAACGCAAUGAAUGAAGAAUCCAAUCAGAAGCGGACCAGAGAAGAGGGCGAAAUAGAAGGUGUUUCGAAGAAGCAAAAGGUGGACGCUGAAGAGGAUGGGGAAGAUGAAAAAGCAGAAGCAGAAGAGAAGAAACCAUCAGGUCCUGUGAAAUUAGGUCACAAAACUUUCGGAAAUUCAUUGGAGUUAUUCGAUUACUUCAACAGUUUCCUUCACGAUUGGGCUCCCAAUCUUAAUGUUAACAAGUAUGAACAUAAGAUGUUACUGGAAUUGAUUAUGAAAGGUCAUCCUGAGCCCGAUAAAAAGAUUGGUGGAGAAAUUUGUGCUUUCCAAGUCCGCAGACAUCCUAUGUGGAAAAGCAAAUGCUUCUUUCUCAUUAGGGAGGAUGAAUCUGCUGAUGAUUUUAGCUUCCGUAAAUGUGUGGAUCAUAUUCUUCCCUUGCCUGAAGCGAUGCAAGUGAAACAUGAUGCAAACAGGGCAUUAGGUGGUUCUGGUGGAGCAAAGCGUCGUGGUGGGAGAGGAGGUUCACGUGGACAUGGGAGAAAGGGAAAGUCCAGACAUUGAGUGCAGUGAGUAGCUACUCUUAGUCUUGGUUGUGUUUUAAGAUUUUAGUGUUUAUCUGUGAGCUUGUUCCAUGUUUCCUUCUACUAGUAAAUGUAUUACUCAGAUUUGAUUUUUUAUUACUAGUUGUUAUGUUUAUGCCAUGAUCCUUAUUGCUAAUGUUUUGUCUUCA